GAGAGGUUGGUUCCAGCUCUAGAUCUCCAGUCAGUAGCUAUCUUCCCCCCCAGCCAGUCAGCCUGAAGUUGGACAUCAUCCCACCACCCCACAUCCACAACAUGAGCGGAAAACGGAAAUUGAGUUUCAAGUGGUUUGGGAGUCUCUCCAACCUAUCCUUUCGUCGUGGAUCAUCGUCAGACAAAUCUCCCUCCAAGUCUGACGGGGGCAGAGCUCUGGAUGUGGUAUCCUCCCCCGACGCCGCGGAGACGUCUGUUGACGACAUGGAUAUGACUCGUCCGCGCACCUCCAGCUACGCCCGCUCCAGCGACAACUACACCCACAUGGGCACCUUGCCCCGCCUCCUCCUCAGGAAGAGAGACAAGAGUGGGAAUUCUGUGAAAGGAGGAACCAAGAAGGGGGCGGGGCUGGGCAGGAGUCAGAGCCAGCGGCCGGGAAGGGACCAUGUCUGUAGCUCUCCCCUUCUCACAGCUCUAUCUAGCAAGCCUGGCUCCAGACAGGACGAGCCUGGCACCAGACAGGACGAGCCUCGCUCACCUCUAUCUAGCCAGGCUGGUCCUGGUCCAAAGACCCAACAGGCCCAGGGGCUACCUCCCAUCCCCAGAGGGGGAUCACUCAGUAGAAGUAAACACAAAGACCCACACGCCCAGGGGCUGCCUCCCAUCCCCAGAGGGGGAUCACUCAGUAGAAGUAAACACAAAGACCCACACGCCCACUGCGAGGAAGGAAAACCACAGCCAAGUCAGCUACUGUCAGCUCAGGCUGUGGGGUCUGCUUCCUCCUCUACUGGCUGUGAUGACGUACCUGAAGGAAACACAGUCACCACUGAUCAGGGUGUUCCAUCUCCAGAUACAGCAUCAACUGGUGGGGCCAGAAGAAAUCUUCCUUCUGUUCCUGGUCAGUCAGUUUCCAUGUCCUCACAGAGCCAGGUGAACAUUCAGACAGAAGAGCCAUCUCCAACCCCUAAGGUUCCUAAGACAUCCCUGCCUGGGACCCAGGUCACCCAGCAUUGUGAGGAGGGCUUCCCCAGGGAGAGAGCUGAUAACCUAGUGACAGACAGUAACUCCAGCUCCCUGCCUGAGACGGCCUCCUGUGGUUCUAGUGGAAGAGACCUUCAGAGGGAAACUCAUCCUGGUGAACCUGUGAACAGCCACAUGGACCCAACAGACAGCCAGGGUGAAUAUGUCAAGUUCUCCAAGGAGAGGUACCUGCUGGAGUCUGCACCAGAGAAACUACACACGGAGCUGGAGGAGGAGCUGAAACUCUGCAGCAGCGAUAUCAGGAGCCAUGGCUGGUACCAUGGACACAUCCCACGAGAGGUGUCGGAGACGGUGGUGCUGCGAAACGGUGAUUUCCUGAUCCGUGAUUCGCUGAUAAACGUGGGCGACUAUGUCCUGACGACCAGGUGGAACUAUGAGGUUCUGCACUUCAAGAUCACCAAGGUCCUGGUCAGGUCCAGCACUGAGUCUAAGGUCCAGUACCUGUUAGAGAAAGACAGUUUCGACUCCAUACCUGAGCUGAUGAGGUACUACGUGGCCGGACGGAGACCUGUCUCCCAGCCCAGCGGAGCCCUGAUCUACUGUCCAAUCAUACGCACCCUCCCUUUGCGUUACCUGGAAGCAACGUUUGCCUUAGCCAAUAGCAGACAUGGCCUAGCCCACUCACCAUCCAGUCAGAAAGGAGCGUACAUUAAGAGGCGGAGCGUGACCAUGAACGACGGAUUGACCACGGACAAGCUGAUACCUCACAGCUCCUCUACUAUUCACAAAGACGCCAUGAGGAACUGUGCUCUGAGUAUGGACCUCAUCCAGGAGUAUCGCCGUCCUCCUUUAGGGGAGACACCGCUCUCCCCAGCCUACAGCCACAUCCACAGACACAGAACCCAGUCAGGGGUUAGAGUGGUGCCCCCCUCGCCAGUCCUGAGACACUCCAGCGACCCCCAGCUCAGCCCUGGCUCCAACAACAACCUACCAGACAUGCUAGCAGCCAGCUCCCACUCCACCCCGGGCCCCUGCUCCUAUGAAACCCCAUCAGAUGGCUUCGAGACGGGGGGCAGCUACUGCGACUUACGGCCCACCCCGGCCCUCUGUCCUAAGGCUCCCUGUGCCGCCGGCAUGCACCCCACACCUCCCACUAAGAGCUACGUGGAGAGGCUGCGUGUGGAGGAGGGCCAUGGGCCUGCCCCAGGGAGAGACGAUGGGGCUGGAGAAGAGGUGUUCAUCGCCCCCCUAGUGGAGACAGCCUCCUCCUUCAGACCAGGGAAGUACCUCUCGCCACUGAUGCCCCAGGAGAACAAGCCCUUAGAGAUGAGCAUUCUGAAGAGGGUUAAAGAGCUUCUGGCGGAGGUGGACGUUAGGACAGCUGCUAAACACAUCACCAUGGCUGACUGCACGGUUGCUAGGAUACUGGGUGUUACCGAUGAGAUGCAAAGGAUGAUGGGAGUGGGCUCGGGACUGGAGUUGUUGACUCUUCCUCACGGACACCAGCUGAGACUGGACCUACUGGAGCGGUUCUAUACUAUGUCCAUAAUGACAGCUGUGGACCUGCUGGGCUGUACCGGCAGUAAAGAGGAGAGGGCUGCUCUGCUCCAUAAGACCAUCCAGCUGGCUGCCGAACUCAAGAGCAACCUGGGGAACAUGUUUGGCUUCGCCGCUGUGAUGAGAGCACUGGAGCUACCACAGAUCUCUCGUCUGGAGCACACGUGGAUGACGUUACGUCAGAGACACACAGAGGGAGCCAUCCUCUAUGAGAAGAAGCUCAAGCCGUUCAUGAAGAACAUGAACGAUGGCAAAGAGAGCACUGUGCUGUCCAACACCUCCUUCCCUCAUGUGGUUCCUCUGCUGUCUCUGCUGGAGAGGAGUGUGGUCGUGGGGGAGGGGCCAGGGGCGGGGAUAGAAUCCUGGGAGAAAGUGGAGGCGGGGGUUGACGUGGUGAUGUCACACCUGGAGGCAGCCCGGACCAUCGCUCACCAUGGGGGGUUGUAUCGCACCAACGCUGAGACCAAACUACAAGGCUUCCAGGAGAGGGAGGAGGUUCUGGAGAUCUUCCGGACAGAGUUCCAGAUGAGGUUGCUAUGGGGAAGUCGGGGGUCGGAGGGUAGCCAAUCAGAGCGCUAUGAGAAGUUUGACAAAGUUCUGACCGCUCUGUCUCACAAGCUGGAACCUCUUGUACGCCACAGUGAACUAUAGCACCCAUCUCACCGAACACCCCUAUACACAGCACUCACAGUGGUAUGGCCCGUCUCCCCACACUGCUGCUGGAUGAUUCCAUUGUGAGGGGAGGAAGCAGCUAACAGAGACAAGAAAAUAGAAUGAGAGAAGACGAGGGUACGCUAGGAGAGAAGGAGCGUCUCGCUGUAUAUCCCCAUAAAAGUCAUAAUGGGCUUUUUCAGAGUUCUUAAACUGUGUGGGAUGUGACAUAUUCUGCCUAUCUUCGAAGUACAGAUAAUUGUAUGGUGUGCGCUUAGGGUCAAACAACACAGGGGAGGGAGUAUAGGGAAGACAAAGCUCUGGUUUGUCUAAAACCUCCCUCACUAGUACUGUCACACUCUGUAGUAUCACCAAUUUAAAGAGACAGUAAUAUUUAAGACAAUGUUUGUGCUCUUCAGGACACCUGUAUAAAACAUAUACAACUAUCUAUCUCUAUGACCUGUGUCACCAGACCUCAGCUUCAGACUGAGAGGUAGUGUGUUUUGGAAUCUGUUGUUCUUGUAUAGACUCUCUGCAUGUCAUUAACAUGUCAAUAAUAUUUCUAGCAUGUCAUUAAUGUUUCUGGCAUGUCAUUAAUGGCAUGUCAUUAAUGUUUCUGGUAUGUCAUUAAUGUUUCUGGCAUGUCAUUAAUGUUUCUGGCAUGUCAUUAAUGUUUCUGGCAUGUCAAUAAUGUUUCUGGCAUGUCAUUAAUGUUUCUGGUAUGUCAUAAAUGUUUCUGGUAUGUCAUUAAUGUUUCUCAAAUCAAAACAAAAUGAAAUUGUAUUGGUCACAUGCACAUAUUGGGCAGAUGUUAUUGCGGGUGUAGUGACAUUCUUCUGGCAUGUCAUUAAUGUUUCUGGUAUGUCAUUAAUGU